GCAGGAAUCAAGAAGGGAGACCUGGGCUGAGCUCUUUGCUAGCAGAACUGUGCUGAACCCUGGCCUGGCACCAAAAGGUAAUUUCCCUUCCCAGUGCUGCAGCGGCUGCUCCCUGCGGAAGGGAAACAAUUUGCUCUGUCUACCCCACCCCCAGCCCUUUCCUUUUUUCUUAAGGAAAGAGGGGAAACCCUAAUGAAGAUGGCAUCACUGGCACAAGAGAAAACCAACCUAGGGCUGAAUUGGACCUGAUGGCUUGCUAAUCCGAUGGGCAACCUUAAUGCUGUUUCUCUGAGAACUCGUAGGAGGUGGGAGAAUUCCUGGAAGUCUUCUGAUGGAGUUAAGGAAUGUCUUUGUCUUUUCCCUUGAACGGGCUGUGUGCAGCUCCCGGAAAGCUGGCGUUUGGAAGCCUGGGAGCACCGACCGGUCUGAGAGGAGUUCUGACAGCAGGACAGAUGCGGCUGCAGCUGAUAGACUGGGAAGUGGAACAGACGUCAGCGCUUCACCGUUGAACCCCUGCAAGGAGCUCUGGGUGGCUUUGGGAGACCAGAACUCACCAUUCCUAUAACGUAGGUCUGUAACCAGGGGCUGCUUUGCCCACCAUUCCCUGGCAGAGGAACAUGCUGGUGUUUAUGGCAUGGCCUCGAUGACUGGCCGCCUUGGUGUUGUUGGAUUGCAAGAGACUGUGAAGAAGAGAACCAGAUGUUGGUGUUUGGAAGUGCCCUGCAGGAGAUAUGCACAGUCCCAGCAGCUCUAGUACAACUGACUUGCCGUGAAGCCAGGAGCCAAGGAGACCAAUCCUACUGCAGAUGGAGCUGCCAAGCAAUGCCAGGAGCUGCAAAUGCUGAGCAAGCUGUUUAUGGACCAGGUUAAGCACAUGAGGAUGGGUUUUUCUUGAUCUGGAGAAGUUGAAGGGAAAGACUGCUUGUGUCCUUGGAGCUGAUCUUGCCAUGGCUGCUCAGGUGAGCUGAGACAUGGCCACCGGCAAGAUCCAUCGGUCCAUGGGGUCCUUCAAAACGGCUGAUGGAUUCCAGAGCAAAGUGGUAACCCCUCAUAACCCGAAGCUAGUCCGAGAGGCGGAGGAGUGUGUAACUCUGACUCCCUCUGCCUUCCUGAAGGAGAUGUCUCUCACCACUGAGCAGAGGCUGGCCAGCACUCGGGAGAUGAGGCGGCCCCGGAUUAUCCAGCUUCUAGACAUGAGUGAAAGCUCCCAUCACAAGUUCUCAGCGGUUGACCUGGACCAGAGCUUGUUUCAGCCUUUCCCAUCAGAGGUGGUAUUCCAGAGCUACGUGCCCUGCGAGGUCUACGAAGUGCCGCUGGUUCUGAGGAACAACGACAAGGUUCCUCGGCUGGUGAAGGUCACCUUGGAGAGCUCACCUUAUUUCAAGUUGAUCAGCCCCAAUGCUGCGUGCCGUAAGGUAGCACCUGGCAUGCCUUCAACUUACCGCAUCCUUUUCACCCCCGAGGAGAACAAGGAUUACUUCCACCAGCUCACCUGCAUCACAGAAAGGGAAAAGUUUAUUGUGCCAAUCCGAGCUAUUGGUGCCCGAGCUAUCCUGGACUUCCCUGACCAGCUCAACUUCUCCGUCUGUCCAGUCAAAUACGGCACGCAGAAGACUCUGCUGGUUCGCAACAUCGGUAAUCGGGAGGCCCGCUACUGCAUCAGCACUCAGAGCCCUUUCUCCGUCCAUCCCUCCAUGGGGACGCUUGGGAUCGGUGACACCAUGCAAGUAACAGUGGAGUUCCACCCGCUGAAGACCGGGGAUCAUUCCAGAUCCCUGAUGGUUCACUAUGACACAGGUGAAGAUAUUCACACAGGCCUCUAUGGAGCAGCUGUAGAUGUCAACAUCAGGCUAGACAAGAACUCCUUGACAGUUGAGAAGACUUACCUCACGUUGUCAAACCACAGAUCCGUGGUCAUCCACAAUCGGAGUGAAAUCAUAGCCCACUUCCAGUGGAAGGCUUUUGUUACUCAGGAAGAGGAGGAUCAGCGGAAGCUGAGGCUGUGUCGCAGGCUCCAGAGGCAGCAGGAGGACAAGACAGAUUUUCUCGAGCGCACGGUGGACCCCACUCUCCGAGAACGCCUUUGCCUUCUCUCCCGCUCCUUCCAGAACCAGGUAGCAAGGGUGCAAGGAGACUCCAUGCUUUUCUCUGAUGAGAUCUUCAGCGUUGAGCCGGUGGAGGGAGACGUUUGGCCAAAUUCUUCGGUUGAAAUUAAUGUGAUCUUUAAACCUCGAGAAGCCAGAGUCUAUCAACAAACCGUCUACUGCGACAUCUCAGGCCGAGAGACCAGGCUGCCCCUGCGCAUCAAAGGGGAAGGCAUAGGGCCCCGGCUCCGCUUCAGCUUUGACCAGCUGGACAUCGGGAAGGUUUUUGUUGGAUCAGCGCACAGCUACGAGGCGAUCCUGUUUAACAAAGGAGCCAUCGAUGCUGUCUUCAACUUGGUCCCUCCGGCUACAGCUCUGGGCUCCUGCUUCACCUUUCUCCCCCGGGAGGGCAGGAUUUUGCCGGACGAGCUCCAAGUCAUCCAGAUCUCCUUCAGUUCCACCAUCCUGGGGCAGUUCACGGAAGAGUUCAGGUUCGGUGUGAAUGGAUCUCCUGAGCCUGUGACCUUGACUAUCAGGGGCUGCGUCAUCGGACCGACUUUCCAUUUCAACGUACCUUCCCUCCGCUUCGGUGACGUCUCCUUUGGCUUUCCUCGCACCUUGUCGUGUCGCCUCACUAACACCUCCUUGGUGCCCAUGACUUUCAACCUCCGCGUUCCUGGGGACGGCUCGGGAGAGCCCAGCGUUACCAGCUUUGUUCAGCUGUCGGACAACGCUCGCCCAUCCUGGAGAACGGGAGCUCGAGGUCCCGUCGAGCCGACCGAAUUUACCAUAGUGCCCUGCAGAGGGACCGUCCGUUCCCAGGGAUUCCUGGAUAUCCAGGUCACCCUGUGUUCCAACACCGUGAAGAAAUACGAGCUGGCGCUGGUGGUGGACGUGGAUGGCGUUGGCGAGGAGGUGCUGGCCCUGCUCCUCACGGCCAGAUGCAUAGUUCCACCGCUGCGAGUCCUCAACCCCGUUGUGACGUUUGGACGGUGCUUUCUAAAAUUCCCCUAUCAGCAGAUGCUGACCCUUGUGAACGACAGCGAUCUUCCAGGCUGCUACGAGGUUCUUCCUCAGGAACGGGAGGAGGAUGCUGCUGUGCGGUACUCCAGCCCCGUGCCGCGUGGGAUCAUCCAGCCUCGCAGCUCGGUCAAGGUCCCGUUUACGCUGGAAGCCCAGGCGACGGGAGAGCACGACACUGUUGCUCAUGUCACAAUGUUUGGGAGCGGAGGAUCCCCGCUGAAAAUCCAUUUAGUGAGCGUCGGGGAAGGACCAGUUGUCUACGUGCAUCCCAGUAAGAUAAAUUUUGGCACUAUCCAAGUUCUAGAAGAUGCUUCCCGAGCUCUCCACCUCUCCAAUCAGACUGUCAUCCCUGCGUUCUUCUGGGCAGAGAUGGCUGGCGAACGCUCGCGCUGGAGGAUUGAACCCAGUAAAGGAGUGAUCCCCCCCGAGACCGAGGUGUCCGUGGCUGUCAUAGCGAACUUGGAUGACACCGAAAAAUUCACGGACGAGGUGAAUCUGUUCAUAGAGAACAGCCAUACCUACGUCAUCCCCGUCCGGGCUUUCGGCAUCGGCACCACGAUCGUCACCGACAGACCCUUUGCUCCGGAGCUCAACUUGGGGCCCCACUUCAGCCUGGAUCCCUGUCGUUACCGCUUCAAGAUAACGAACAAAGGGCGACGCACCCAUCAGCUCUACUGGACGACGGAAGGUUUCGCCCCGUUUCGCCAGCGUGAUCGUCUCCCCGCCGUCGGUAACACCAAGGGCAAAGACUCCUCCCAGAGCCCCAAACCUGCCUGUCCCGUGUUUAAGCUUCGACCGCUGAGGAUGGAGCUGAUGCCGGGCAAGACUAUGGAGAUGAUGCUGGAAGGCUCCUCCAGCACUCCCCAGGUGGUGAAGGAGCGGCUGCUGUGCCACGCCAUCGUGGGGAGCAAGGCAGGGAAGGCACAGAUAAUGCGAGUGGAUGUCACGUGUGAGUUCGUUGCUCCUGUCCUGCAAAUGUCCUCCAGAGAAAUCACUUUCCGGGUGGAGAAGCAACCCAGUGAUGUCCUAACGCUUCAGUACAAGCCUCUCUCUUUAAAAAACAUCUCCUCCCUGCCACUCAGCAUCGUCCUGGCCUUAGAGCAACCCUUCAUAAUCUGCGACGUGGACCGGCAGCCCCUGCCUGCAGACGUUCAGCCCAUGAAGCUGGAGACAGGGGAGGAACUUCAUCUCUCCAUCGGAUUUAACCCUGCUUAUGAAGAGGAUUUGAAUAGCUGGGUAGCAGAGAAGGCUCUGAAGAUACAGUUUCUUGAGCACCCUCAUGAGGAGCAGGUCACCGUUCGGGGAGAAGUCUACUUCCCGAAUCUCCAUAUCCAGACCACGGCCUUGGACUUUGGCUGCAUCUUGAAUGACACCGAAGAUGUACGUUACGUCGAGAUGACCAACUGCAGCCCGCUGCUUGUCCAGUACCACUGGUUGUUCCUGACAGACGGCCACGCGAGCCAGAUGAGGUUCAGCCCUCCAGCACCUAAAUUUUUCAUCAAACCUCAACCACCGAAGGAGGAGGGAGCCUGGUCGGAGCGCUCAGCGCCUGCGGAGAGCAGCUCCAGGGAUGGGAGUGCGGAAGAGCCAGCCGAAGCCCUGGAGGCAGCGGGGGAUCCUCUCAAAGAGCCAGCAGAUGCAGAAGACGCCCUGGAAGCAAAGCCACUACCACACGCUACUGCGGAGCUGGAAGGUGCUGCGGAGACUCAGAGCUCCGUGAGGAUCAAGGAGUUGAUGCAGUUCACGGAGGCAGAGCCCCUCGCCUUGGGAGUGCAGGAGGUUUUCGACAUCCUGCCGCUAUAUGGCGCGCUGCGGCCGGGCGAGAGCCAACGGGUGACCUUCACCUUCUUUGGCCACACAAACAUCGUCGCCCACGUCAUGGCGCUGUGCAGGGUGGAGGGAGGCCCCACCUAUGAGAUGGCGCUGAGCGGGGAGGCUUCGCUCAUCAACUACCUCCUGGACGUCACAGAGAUCGACUGCGGGCUGCAGCUAUUUAAUGAAGUCACGGAAUCGGAGGUCACCCUGCAGAACAGCGGGAAGGUGGGAUUCACCUACGUGGUGCUAAGCCCCAGCACGGCUGCUGCGGACAGCCCUCUGCCCGGCGUGCCCCUCGUCGUGCCCAGCACGGGUUACGUUGGACCAGGCAAGGAGCAAGUGCUGAAAGUCUAUUACCUGCCCGGAGUGCCUGGAGUCUUCUGCAAGACUUUCCAGAUCCAAGUGGGUCACCUGGAGCCAGAAGAGAUCUCCCUGAAAGGCGAGGGGAGUUUUCCCAGGAUUUGCUUGGACCUUCCUAGGAAAAUCAAAGGAAAUGAAAAAUAUGAGAAGAUCCUCAAAGAGGCGAAAGAAAAGAUAGAAAAAGACAGCCAGAGAGACGAAGCAGUUGUUGUGGGGGAGGCUGCGGCCGCGGAGCCACCCACGGACGACUCGGGCACCGUGUUCGACACUCGGCUGCAGAUGCAGAUGGAGCAGAUGCUGAUGGAGCAGCACGCCCUGGAGCAGCAGGAAGCUCUCACCUCCGGUUCUCUGGAGGACGCUGCCUUUGACCAGCGUGCUCGUCGGAGGCUUCUCAAAGCUGAGCUGCCCGAGUAUGUCCUGGACUUUGGCUACGUCAUUCUCGGUAACAUCCACACGCACAUCGUGAAGGUCACCAACACCGGGCAGUUCCCUGUGUCCUUCCACACCGAUGGACGGGUCCUGCGUGACACAGGUUUCAGCGUGGAGCUGGACCGCGUGAAGCACCUGCCCUACUGUGAGACAGAGACGUUCGAAGUGCGCUUCGACCCACAGAGCGCCAACCUGCCGUUGGGAGAGGUGGACGUGCUCCUGCCCAUCAAGGUGGUGGAAGGCCCCACGUUUCACAUCCGCCUCCGUGCCGACGUGGCUGUGCCGUCCCUCUGCGUCUCCAGGGACAGACUGGAGUUCUGUGCUGUCCAGUGUGGGCAGUGUCAGGAAGAAACCAUCCAGCUCCACAAUCAGCUCCAGGUCCCCUGUAAAUGGUUCAUCACCUUCAAUGAGCCCGUUAAGAAGGUGGACAAACGUUUGCCAGCGAGCGUGCAUCGGAAGCUGCUCCAGGAGUUGAAGACCAAGCCAUCUGUCUUCGAGGUGCUGCCCUCGGCCGGAGCCCUGACUCCGGGACAGCGAUGCAACGUGCGAGUCAGGUUUUCACCCACGGAAGAGAAGUCCUACAGAAGCGAGCUGAAGAUUAACAUUUGCCAGAGCAACCAGCACCUCCAGCUGCAGGUCUCGGGGCGCGGGCUGGAGCCACAGCUGGAAUUCAGCCCCCCAGUGCUCGAGCUGGGACCGUUGCUGCCAUACAGUCCUGGGGCGGAGGGGACGGUGGUGGUGAAGAACCCAUGCGAGUUCCCCAUCGAGUUUUACUCGCUGGAGUUUGACCAGCAGUACCUUGCUGAGGAGCAGAUCCUGCGGAUGCUGAAGGACUACGAUGGCCACAACACCUUACUGCUGCCGCCACGCGCCCCGGGUGAGAAGCUGCCCCCGGAGCUGCUGGAGUACUAUCAGGACCAGAAAAGGCUGCAGGACGAGCAGGCAAAGUCCAAGCCUGGGGAAGCAGGAGGCCAGGACAACGCAGACUCUGAAGAUGUGCAGUCUCUGUCAGAUCAAGGAGGGAAGCACUCUGCUGCCAUCGUUCGCACCGUCUCGUCCCAUAGCUCGGUCAUUCCCUCCUUCAUUUUUGAUGAAAGCCAGUCCAACAAGGUGGACUCUAAAUCUGAAUGGGGAGAAGAGGAGGAAGGUGUUGAGGAAAGAUGCAGCACAGCAGAGCAUCGGCAGAGCACCGCCAGCAGCAAGGAGGCCGCGGGAGAACUGGACGACAGCCCUGUCUACAGGGCCAUCGCCCGCCACCUUGGCAUCGAUAUCUCCACAGAAGGGUGUGCAGCCCAAAACCGCAGAGGGAUCGUCAUCAUCGUCCACGGGGCACCCCUGACAGGAAAAACAUCGGCAGCAGUUGCCCUGUCCAAAUAUUACGGCGCUGCCUGCUUGUCCAUCGACGCCGUGGUGACAGAAGCCAUCUCGGACAGGAGCAGCUUGGCAGGGUUCCGCGCCGGGGAGCUGUGCAUGAGGGCUGCCAUCGAGCAGAGCCACAAGGAGACAGAGGAGGCCGGUCAGAACGCAGACGUGUCCCUCAGCCUGCAGUUUGGCGCCGAGGCCAAGCGCAGCCCGGACGCGAGCCAGUCCAGCUCUGGGGACAAAGUCAGCCUGCAGUCCGUCAGUUCCCGAGGCUGGGCGAGCGCCGCAGCGGGCAAGAGGAAGGCGGAUGGCCGCGCAUCCCAAUCCCAGAAACAGCUUCUAACGGAUCCGACGGGCUCCCAGGGCUCGUCCAGUUGUCGUCUCAUCUCUCCCCUUCCCUGCGUCCCCGCGCAGCGAUGGCUGAGCGUCGGUGGCAGCACCGCAGGAGAGAUGGGCUUCAUGAGCUGCGUGCUGCCCGAGGACUUGCUGGUGGCCAUCCUCUCUGAAAGGCUGCAGUUGAGUGACUGCUACCAGGGAGUGGUGUUUGAUGGCCUGGAGACCCUCUUUGCAUGCAACGCGGCAUCUGCUCUCCUCUGCCUGCUCAAAGCUGUCAGAAAUCGGCCUUAUAUCUAUUUUGUGAACCUGUUCCAGGAUUACGCUGCAUUGAAAGCCAGGGAGACAGCCGCAAAAGAGCAGGAAGGACGGGAGCGGGAAGAAGCUGCCAAGAGGGAGAAAGCACGCCUCUGGGAGAUGGAUGAGGAAGAGUAUGACGCCCUCACUGAGGAGCAGAAAACUCAGUUUAAUAACAACAUACGCCAAGUCCAGCGAGAGAGGAGGAAGAGGGAGAUGGAGCAGCUGGCUCGAGAGCUUGAGGAAAAGCACCGGCGGGAGCUAGAACGCUUGAAGGAGGAAGAAGAGCUGAAGAAGAAAUCUAAACGGGGGAAGAGAGAGCUUGGAAAAGACAGAGAUAAUGCUUUGCGGAAGAAAAGCCAGCCCGGCGUCAGGCAGAACAUGAACACAUCCACCAGCAACACCAAUGCGUCCACCAGCAACCGGUCGGAUGUCACCGAGGGCAUAGACAAGAAGGGAGCUGUAAAGGAGCACCCAGACCCUGUUGCAGGUGACAAGGAAGAUAAGAAAAAGCGGAUCAAAGUUCCCCUGACGGAUGCUGGACCAGCGGUGGUUGUUGCGACAACGCGACCCUCAGACCCAGACCCAGAACAGGAGGAAACCAAACCCGAGGCGCUGAGUGAUAGCGAGAAGAACUUGGCCCUGAGGUUUAAGAUCUACGAGGCAUCGCAGAAGGAUGUUGCGCAUAUUUUGUCAUCCUGGGACAGGGUUCAGGGUAUCCUGCUGUCCCCUCUGAACCAAGAGGAGGUGCAGCACCCAGCAGAAGACCAGCGCCAGCAUUUAUCCAGCCGCAGGAGCCGGAAGGACAGAGAGAAGGAGCGGCUGGAGAAACUGAAGGCUCUUGAGGACUCCAAGUUAGCUCAGCUGGAAGAGGAAGGUGCAGAAGGAUCAGCCAGAGGCCAGGAUGCUGGGGUGCCCUGCUUGGACAUCCAAGUGCUGAGCUCAGAAGAUGUGACUAGGGAGAUCCUGGAGAGCGGCAAGCUGCCAGCGGCAGAGCAGAUCCUGGAUGACCUGGGCCUGGGUCCCUCAGGGCCUCCCAUUCCCCCCCCCACUUUUUACUCCGUGAUCCGCUACCCGGAGAAGCGGACGGCCCCUGCGGCAGGAGAAGCCCUCAAGCACUUCAUCUUUGUUGUGCCAGAAAGUGCCCCUGUGGAAGAAGAGAAGAAGGACACGGAAAGUCCCAUGGAUGCCCUCGCCGUGCCCGCAGUGAAGACGUUGGAGGAGCAGGUCACCCCCGCCAAGGUCCGGUCGAGGAAGGAGAAAGCCGUGGGCAGCCGGGAGGCUGCGAGGGAGAAGCGGAGCUCCGGCCGGGGCAGGAGGUCCCAGAGGCCGGGCACAGGGGCGCCCACACAUACCCCCGAGGUGGACCAAAGUGGUGUGGACACGGUCCCACCCCCGAGGAGAUCCGUCAGGCUGAGCAGCUGCCGGUGGAUAGUGCCUGCCCGCGGCGAGGUGGAACUGAAGGUCCACUUCAGCUCCGCGGUGCUGGGCCAGUUUGAUCAGACGCUGCAUUUUGAGGUGCUGGGGACAAACCGUCUGUACCAGCUGCACUGCAGGGGCACCUGCCUGUAUCCCACCAUCAGCCAGGACCCGCGGCUGGUGUUUCCUCACCGGAGGAAGAGCAAGGCGGAUGAUGACAUCAUCUUCAAGCAGUAUGUCAUGAACACGGGUGUAUUCCACUUCGGACCGCUGCUGUGUGGGAAGUCAAGAGACUGGUACAAGGCGCCGCACUAUCCCGGCAACUGCGAGAAGAUAACCAUCCUCAACGUCACCCCCUUGGAAGCAGAGGUGCAUUUCUUCUUUGAGCGCGAUCUCAAAGCGGACACGUUCCUUUUGGACCCUCCCAGCAUGAGGCUGAAACCGAAGGAGAAGCAGGAGCUGAGCAUUUGGGCGUACCCCACUUCAGCCGGCCUCGUGGAAGACAACCUCAUCUGCUGCGUUCGGGAGAACCCGGAGCCGGUGGUUUUCCGCCUGUGCUGCCAGGGGGUGCAGGUGGAGCUGGGGGUCAGCCCCAAGCAGGUGCAUUUCGACAAGGUGCUGCUGCACAGAAGGGCAAGCAAGACCCUGGUCCUGCGGAACAGCACCCCGCUGCCCAUGGCCUGGCGGCUCACCGGGCUGGAGAACCUCGGCGAGGACUUCUCCGUGUCGCAAGGCGAGGGCACCGUUGGUCCCCGCGCGGAGUUUGGCGUGCAUCUGUAUUUCAAGGCCACGAAGGCUCUCACCAUUAAGAAGAUGAUCCGGCUGGAGGUUUCAGAUGCAGAAAACGUCCUGGGGAUUGUUCAGAUUGAAAAUAUCCAAGUCUUUGCGGAGGCCUACGACGUUGCUCUGAGCAUCAGCAUUUCUAAAGGUACAGAAGGCAAUGUGGAUUUUGGAAUCCUUAAAGUCCUGGAUGACGCGAAGCAAGUGCUGACUCUGAAGAACAAAGGGAAGUACGAGAUCGCAUACAGUUUCAAGCUGGAAACCGCCGAUACCAACAUACCCGACUUGGCAUCCCACUUCGCUGUCCAGCCGCAGAAGGGCGUGCUGAGCGUCUCCGAGCGCCCUGUGCAGGUCCAGCUGCUCUUCCACCCCACGAUGGAAAUGAACAUUGAGGACAAACCCAUCCUGCUCUGCCGGGUGAUUGAGCCCAGCAUCUCUGGAGGCGAGACCAUCGCCAUCAUCCCGGUGAGGGUGUCGGCAAAAGCUGUGUUCAGCAAGUACAGCAUUUACCCUGCCUCGCUCAUCAGCUUCGGUGCCAUGACACACGGCACCAGGAAAACCUGCGCCUUCAAGCUGGAGAACAAGGGUGUCCUCGACUUUAAAUUCCUCAUCUACAGAGCGGAGCAGGAUGUCUUGCAAAGGAAAAGUGUACGCCAGAGGAAAUCUGCCCAGUCCCAAGAGGGUGAAAACUUCAGGAAAACGACCCCCUCGGUCAAGCAAAACAAGCCCUCGCUGCAAAAGGACACAAACCCCUUGAUGCAGGCUCGCGUCACUCUGGGCAUGUUCACGGUGUACCCUGGCUUUGGCUCCAUCCCUCCUGGGGGCCAGCAGAUGAUCAUGGUGGAUUGCUGUGCAGAGCUGCUGGGGACUUGCAAGGAGUGCCUGUCCAUCGAUAUCAGUGACAGAGACCCCAGGGACAACCCCCUCGGCAUCCCCUAUACUCUGUUCGCCGAGUCCUGCCUCCCAGCAUUUGUGGUUGAUGACAUAGAGUCCAUCUUUGAGGAGCAUCGUAUCUGCAGCAACAUCAACCUCUGCCAGAUCCUACAGACAGUGGAAGACAAGGGCGUGUUCAUCACAGAUGAGAAUAAAUUUAUCUUCACCAAUGUUCUGGUUGGGCAGCGGGCCACAGCUCGCUUCAAGAUCCGCAAUGUGGACAAAGUCCCCUGUGAUGUGGUCCUCUCCAUCAAACCCAUCCCUGGUAAGCCUAACAGCUACGUUAGCGACAUUUUCGAGGUGGAUCCCGUUCGGAUGUGCGUGCCCAGCCGUUCCCACGCCUUUGCUACGGUGACCUUCGCUCCGCAAACGAUGCAGAACUACCAGUGCGCUUUUGAGGCUUCCCUUGAUGUCCAGGCAAGCCCUGCAGCGGUUAAAGCGCAAAGCCUGACCUUCGAUAUCAGCGGAGACGGGAAUCUGCCUCAGGUGACGGUCCUGCGCCCGGUCCUUCACAACAGGAGAGGGAACCCUCUGCUCCUCUUCAAGAAGCUGUUGCUGGGUGAUUCAGAAAGACUGCCUCUGGUCCUGCGUAACGGUGGGACCGUAGCCGCGCAGUUGACGAUAGACCUGUUGGAUGAAGGGGGAGUUUUCUUCUUGAAAGCCAGGCCCACCACACGCUGCAUCUACCAAGCCGUCGGCACGAAGGAGGACUCUCCCGGAGAAGAGAGGAAGCCCCACACCGCUUCCCUGGUCCUGCAUCACGGGGAGUUAGCAGAGUUUGACGUGAUUUUCAAACCCAACCUGGCCCAACGUGCGGAAGGGAAGAUCCACCUGUCAGUGGUGGACAACCCCUUUGAAGAGACCAGCAUUCAGCUGGUGGGUGAAGGCUAUGAGGAUGACUUCACGCUAGAUGACAUCCACGGACUAGUGGCGGACGGCAAGGAGGAGAACACUGAGGGUGAUCUGGAGGAAGACAUAAUUGAGGCUGCCAGAGUGGAUCACAUCCAGUUCGGGGACUGUCACGUCGGGACCCCCUACCCCGUGACCUUCACGAUCACCAACCGCAGCAGGGUGGAGGCGAUGCGGUUUGAGUGGCUGGCAGGCACCCCCUUUCACUUCUCCCCCCAGGUGGGACACCUCCAUGCUGGCUGUGCUAAGGACAUCACGGUGACCUUGAAAUCGGACGUCGUGGCCGCCUUCAAAAUGCACCCUGUGAAGUGUAAGGUGGCGAGGAUCGCCUUCCAGCUCCCGCCGGAGCAGGUUACCGACUGGGACGACCGCCUGCGCACCGUCAAGUGGGUGGAUGCCACGAGGGACCCGGCAGCCACGUGGCCUGUCAAGAAGAAGGUGAUUGAGACAGACCCAGAACCAGCUCACACUGUCCUGGAGAAGAGCAGCCGUGAGGUGGAGCUUCUCCUCAGUGCCGUCGUUGACUACGCCGAGUUCGAGCUGGAUACGGACGUGAUUCAGUUCAAGGAGACCUUGCUCUUCCAGACGAGGACGUUCACUUUCCAGCUGUCCAACAGAGGGAACGUGGCCCUGGAAUACACCUGGAUGGCGGCGGUGGAGCCUGAGGGGGCAGUGGGCCGUGCUGGGGAGCUGCUCCCACCCAACCUGGAUGGGGAUUUCUCCUCCUCCACUUCUGGUUCCUCUGUGAAGCUCCAGUCUAGCCGUUGUUCGAGCCAGCUGGGACAUGCUCUGGAGCAGGUCUCUUCCUCCCUGAGCUCGUCUCUGAACACCGACGGUGCCAGCCCACCGUUCUUUGUCGAGCCCCGCAGCGGCACCGUCCUUGCCGGCCAGGAGCAGCUCUUCCAGAUGAAGUUCUCCCCAGUGUACGUGGGGGACUUUGAGAGCCGUAUGCUCUGCAGGAUUCCUAACCUGAAACCAAAUCAGAAGGGCCCAGAGGUGGUUGUGAAGGGGAGAAGCCUGAUGCCAAACUGCCACUUUGAACUGGAAGACUCUGACUACAUCACCGCAAAAAGGCACGACCCGGAGUUGCAGGGACCAAAGGGGGCAACGCUCAAUCUCAACACGAGAGUGAUUGAGUUUGCGGCAAUCGGAGUGCGCAGCAGGAACAGCAGGACCUUCAUGGUUAUGAACCCAACCGGUUCCGCGUAUUCCUUCCAGUGGACUUGCCGAGACCCUGAAGCCCCACCAGAACAGCUGGCUUUCUCCUGCCUCACAGAGAGAGGUCAGAUCCAGCCAGGGAAGAAAGUAGAGAUCAAGUUUGAAUUCAUCCCCCGGCACCUGGACAUCACAGAAUCAUUCUGGGUGUUUACCAUCCCCGAGCAGAGCGUUUCAAUCCCGUUCCUGUUGGUGGGCAACGCCACCGACCCACUAGUGACCCUGGACAGAUCCCACCUGAACUUCCACUUGCUGUUAAUCGGGCACGAGGUGCACCAGACUAUCUAUAUGAUCAACAGUGAGAAGGAAGCCUUCAGCUUUGCUUUCAGAGAAAGCUCGCUCUUCGCAGAGGGAUGCAACGCCUCCGUGAAAAUAGAGCCCCUGGAAGGCUCCAUCGCUCCUCUUUCAAGGCUUCCCAUUACAGUCUCCUUCACCCCAACGCUAGAAGGAGAGGUGGUCUUCAACCUCAAGUGCAAUGUCAAGAGGAAGACCCAGCCCCUCUCCUUGAAUAUCAAGGCCACCAGCUAUAGCAUGAACGUGUCUGUCGGGUGCGAGGACAGUGACGGCCGUGUCACUGAGCUCAGCGCGCAGGAGAUCAACGUCAUUGAUUUCAAGGAGGUACAGCUAAACGAGAACAUCAAGCGCGUCUUCAGCAUCCGCAAUAACGGCAAGGUCAGCUUCACCUUCUCGUGGGAGCUGAGUGGUGCCGCAGCCCGUAAGCAGGUCCUUACUGUCACCCCUCGGGCGGGCACCGUGCAGGCGGAGGGCAAAGCGGAGACCCAGGUGGCGUUCUGCCCACAGCAGAUGUGCUCUUUAAAGGACGUGGAGCUGACGCUGCAGAUCAGCAAGGGUCCCACGUUUACCUGCAUGUUUCUUGCCACCGUGGUAGUGCCCGCUGUCCGCUUCUCCACCACCAGGCUCAACUUUGGAGCCUGCUUCAUCUACCGCGCUGGGAUGCCACCCGCCCAGCAGACCCUCCUCAUCACGAACAAGGCAGACAAGGAUGUGAGUUUGAACUGCUUGUUCACCAGCACCGCGCACCUGAAGGUGGACUUCCCAGGGCGCGUCCUACACCCGGGAGAGACAGCGGAGGUGCCCAUCGCUUUUUAUCCCAGAGAGGUUGCGUCUUAUCAUGAGCUCAUCCCUUUUGAAAUCAACGGUCUUUGCCAGAAGACUGUUGAGGUCCGAGGAAGGGGCACGGAAAUGAAGGUUGACGUUGUGGAACCACAAGGAAAGGUGGUGAAGCUGGGAGCCCUCUCCAUCGGACAGACGGUGAAGAAGACUGUCACCAUAGCAAACAGGAGCGCUGCCCCUCUCGCUUUUAAGCUCAGUCUCAUGUCCAUCACGCCAGAGCUGCAGGAAGCUGGGGUUCUCUCCUUGAACCCCACCGAUGAGCUAAGCCUGAAGCCCAAAGGAGACACCUGUAAAGUGGAGGUGACCUUCUCCCCAAAGUGCCGCAUCCAGCCGUUCACCGAGGAAGUGAUGAUGGAGUGCAACGGCCUGGUGCGCUCCCUCUUCAUGGUGCGGGGCUCCUGCCAGGGCAUCUGCGUGAGCUUGGACCAGGAACACCUCAGCUUUGGAGCGGUGAUGCAGCAGAGCUACACAUCCCAGCGCAUCAUCAUGCAGAACACGGGCGACAUGGGAGUCAAGUUUAAGUGGGACGUCGAGAGCUUCAAGCCAGAUUUCUCCAUCAGCCCCCCGAAGGGUUACAUCUCCCCAGGAAUGGACGUCCCCUUUGUGGUGACCUUCCACCCCUCUAAGCUGAGCCACGCUAUCCAGUACGAGGGCGUGCAGUGCUUCAUCCAGGGCAGUCAGCCGCUCCGGCUGACGCUGGCAGGGUGCUGCAUGGAGACCCCUGUGAUCAAAGAGACGCUGACUUUCGCGUGCGACGUGCGCGAGAAGCACAGCCAGACCAUCCUCCUCUCCAACCCGAGCAACGAGGCCUGGACCGUGCAACCUGUCAUUGAGGGGGAACACUGGAAGGGACCUGAAUUUUUCCAUCUAGAGGCCAAUCAACAAAACAAGCCCUACAAGAUCACUUACAAACCCCUAACCAUGAGCUCGGAGGACAAGAAGCACCAGGGCUCCAUCUUCUUCCCACUGCCGGAUGGCACAGGCUUGUACUACCUCCUGCAAGGGACUGCUGAGGCCCCAAAGUGUUCAGGGACCAUUUUCCGGCAGGUACCAUGUAGGACUUCCUACACUGAGCUCCUCCCCGUCUCCAACUGGCUGAACAGACCACAGAGGUUCCUCGUGGUAGUGGACGUACUCAAACCAGAAAACCUGGAAAGCAGUUCUGUGCUGCAGGGGCUGGAAUACAUCGAUGUGCCAGGCUCUGCCAAGAAGGACUACAAGCUCACGUUCCUCUCCUACAAGGAAGGAGUCUUUAACAUAAUGGUGACAUUCCUCAAUGAGGUGACCGAGGAGUACUUGUUCUACAUGGUGACUUUCAAAGCCACCGCAUCGGGACCCAUCAGCGCUGUUGAAAUAACCGCCGCUGUUCGGCAGAGAGUGUCUUCUGCCGUCAAGGUGGACAACCCUCUGCCCGUCCCGGUGACCUUUGCCAUAGAUUGCAAAGCGCCCGAUGUCAGCAUUCCCUCGCAUUUCACCGUUCCUGCACAGUCGGAGGCCGACCUUGUUUUUGAGUACCAGCCCCUGAAAACGGGUGAGAGCACCGGGCGCCUGGUGCUCCAGAGCAGUGACUUGGGCUCUUUCUACUACAACCUGCACCUGAAAGCCACCGUGGGGAAGCCGGAGAAGCCCCUCUACUUCUGCACCACGCUGGGCUCUAGUCAGACCAUCACCACCAAAAUCAUGAAUUAUGCCCGGCAGAAGACAGACUACCUGCUCCAGACCAACUGCGCCGACUUCCAGACAGAGAAAACCAUCAGCGUGCCCCCCGCCAGCCCGGGCGGCUCGGAGCUGAGCGUGGAGGUGACCUACGAGCCCUGCCAGCUGGGCGAAGCCAGGGCCACGCUGCAGCUCUCCUCCGCGCUCGGCGGGGAGUACAGCAUCCCGCUCUUCGGCCUGGCCCUCCCGCCCAAGCCCCAGGGCCCCUUCCCCAUCAAGGCCGGCGGUACCACCUCCAUCCCCUUCAAAAACAUCUUCCUCCAGCCCACGGCCUUCCAGUACACGGUGGAGCACCCGGCCUUCGCCGUCAGGGCCCCGGAGAGCUUACGCUCCAAGAAAACCACCUUCAUCUCCGUCUCCUUUGAGGGCAGCCCGGCCCCCGUCGCCACCAGGAUGGUGGUCUCCUGCCCCCGGACUGCGGGUGUCUCCUGGGUGUACUACCUCCGGGGUCUCCCCGCUCAUAAGUGACCCUGGGCGAGGCCCGUUGAGUGUUGGUUAAUUAACUGUAAUUAAAGGUGCGUGU